UUCUACAAGCAGCAAAGCGCACCAGAAACGCUAGUUUCUGCAUCCUUGAAACAUCAGAGGAUUGAAGUUGGGUGAUUGUAUGCUAUGGCUAUGAAUUACACUCUACCCCAAAUUUUCUUGAGAAGGACACAUAAUCUUGAAAUGAGAAGACUAGCCUCACACAUCAAUACUAGUAAAAGAGUGACUCCAAGAUUGCAAAUUUUGAAUGCCCAGAAGAGAUGCUUGAGGUGCAACACUGUUUUUGAUGACAAAAAUAACUCCCCAACUGCUUGCUCUUUCCAUGGCCACACCACUGGAGAAAAGGGGCUAUUUUCCUUUGCCCCACCGCAUCAAGGCAUUGAUGGGGAAUGGACUGACCGAUCUGGAGUAAUCGUGUACAAAUGGAACGAGAAGGAUAACAGACCAAACACCGGGAGAGACAAUUGGAAAAAGCGAUGGAGUUGUUGUGCUGAGUAUGAUGAAAACGCCCCGCCUUGCAGGCGCGGAUGGCAUGUUUCCUAUGAUGAUGGCUUCACCUUGUACUAGGUAGCCAUUGAGGACAACCAUAAAUAUAUGCACAGCAGAUCCAUUUCACUGUCUAUGUUGGAAAAACUUGGAAUCAUAUUGCCAGACUUAUGCCUUUACUGGCCUCCGCCCAACAAUUCUCUCCUUCCAGUACCAACUAAUCUUAAAUGUUAUUGCUGGCACAUGUCUCUGAUAUCACUUUUUAAGAUCAAGCGUUUACCACUACGUCACACAUUUUCGAGACGUUGGGUGCUGGACUUGACCCUUUAAGCCUUUACCGAUCACCGUUCAAUUCAACAAUCCCUCAGCUACCGAGUGUUAGACAUGGCCUUUACCGGCUUCUGCCCAACACAUAUGCAUAUGUUGGCUGUUUGUAGCCUAUGGAUUAAGAAGAGCUAGCAACAUAACAUCUUCCAAAUGUUGUACAAAUAUCACAUGUUUGCCCUGGCAAUGCUCAAUCUAUGAACCAUGCUUGUUGCAUUGUUGUA